AUGCGCGUCCCGUCGAGAAUGCGCGUGUGACCGUGCGAGACGCGAGUACGGCGCUCGCGGGUGCAUGCGCUUGUGCGUGUGCGCGUGUUCGUCGUCACAUCUCCGCAGCAUCGUUCUCGCGGACAAUCGAAACGGAUAACGUCGGACAACGGGCGGGUACGAUUUAUUGUUGUGUCGUAAUAUCUUCCCGAGCCGUUCGGUUGAUAAAAACGUUAAACGACGCGUCUGCGGUUUAUAUUAUCGUCGUCGUCGCCGCCGCGGUCUUUGUUUUCGCCGUCGGUAUUUUCGCGCGUACAACAACAACAACAACGGGUAAGUGGCGCAGCCGGUCAUCACGUCCGCCACCGCCGCCGAGACGAUAACGAAUUAUUGACGAACGAUAUCGUCGACAUCGUCGACGUCGCGCGAAAUCGGUGGUGCCGAAAACUUCUCGUGCCGUCGUUUCUCGUCGAGAUGAUCAUACGUCUGCAGCAGCCCGAUUCGGCGUCACGAUGACUUAGACGCGCGACGUCCGUUAAAGUCUCCGGUCGUCGUAGUCACGACCGCGACGACGACGGACUAGAAACAUGAUCACGCGACCGUCGUCACAUGGCCCAGUAUGAGUUCCUGCCGCUGUGCGACGUCCUGUUCAACAUCAUCUCGCUGGCCGCGUACUUCUGCGACAUCGUGUUCGACGUGGUCAUGGGCUACGCGCUCUACUCGCACGGCCGCUACGUGCCGUUCGUCCUGACCAUGUUGUUCGUCGGGGCGUCCGCCACCGUCGAGCAGACCAUGUCGCUGCGCUGGUACCUGGCCGCCCGGGCCGUCGGCGACAAGUCCACGCUGGCCGACCGGCUGAAACGGUCGGCCGUGCAGGCGUUGCACUUUGUCCAACUGGGAGUCCUGUGGAGGUACUUUAAGCUGUUCCUGCCCGUCGACUUGCGGUACGUCAAGUUCGAGGUGCGCGACCUGUGCAUGCUGCGCCUGUUGCACGCGUUCUGCGAGUCGAUGCCGCUGCUGCUGUUGCAGUCCUACCUGCUGUGGACGGACAGCGGCGGCGACCGCAAGCAUCUGCGCGACCUCAACAAGGUGGCCGUCACGCUGUCCACUGUCAGCGUGUGCUGGGCCCUGGCGUCGUUUGGCAAGAACGUGCGCAUGCAGAACGUCCACAGGCUAGUCCUCACUUGGCUCGGUGUCAUAUUUCAGUUCCUGUGGCGUUUGGGCACCGUCGGGGCCAGAGUCAUUUCUUUGACCGCCUACGCCGCCAUGUACAAGUAUUGGGUGCUGUUGGUACUCGGUCUACAUUGGUUGUCGAUGCUGUUGUGGUUACAUUCACCCAAGAACGUGUUCCACGGCGAACGCAUGUCUCCCAAGCGUAAAGCUUUUUUGUUUGCACUCUUAGCGUUUGUGUUCACGUUUGAAUACGUCAACCUACUAGAGAACAAUCAUAGAGAAAAAAUGCUGAUGUUUUAUGUGGUGAUGGCGUUAGAAAACGCUCUUCUCAUGUUUGUGUGGAGCAUUGGCAGUGGUGAUGCAGUCAAACCAUUUAUUGUUCUUGGCCUGUUCUGUUGUGGUCUUGUGUUCAUGGCAAUUUAUUAUCAGUUUUUUCAUGUAAGAAGAUUGAAAUAUGAAUCUGGAGGCAGACUGAGUAAUGCUACAAAUAGUAACAAUUCAACAGCUAAGUUAGCAUUAGAAGCCAAGUAUAAAGAUCAACUAAAUGUGCCUAAUGGCAAGACUGAUCUUAUUAGAAGGCACAGCUUCAGUAGUGUUUAUGAAAACAUACCGCCAGGUGGUUACCACAAUCAAGCUAUUGCUAGUGAAGCACCUCCAUCCUUGCAGAGAAACCAGAGGUAUUACAGCGCAUUACCAGCAAGUGUACAUAAUGGCAUUCCAGGCGUUUUCAACUGUCGUUUCACCAACCCAUAUGUGGCGGCCAUGCAAAAGCGUAAGAAAAAAAAACCAACUACGUUUGUACCUCCACCGUCUGGCACAAGUGGCCGAGAUAGUGUUGCUUUUUGGUGCAAACCGCCACCGUCCAACCACAGCCAACAGGGUUCUAGUGAAAACGAGAGUGCCAGCUCUCACGUGGACAUCCGGCAGAAAUUACAAGAAAAAAGACAAAACCAACUAGCUGAACUCCGAGCUAUUGAAGAGGAGAUUAGGCAAGGCAAACUAAAGGAACCGACUGAAAAUGGUGAAGUACUUUUGUCUCCUCAAGGAUACUUGCAACAACAAAAUUGGAUCGCUCCGCCAUAUAGCGCUCAAGAUAACAAUGCUCAACCAAAUGACCAAGUGUUCACAUUGAUGUAUAAAUCGUACAAAUCGCCAUCAGACCUAGACUCACAGAUAUCACUGCCACGUUCUUACACACUGCCCAGAGAAUUUAAAUUCUAUAGAAAAGUAAGGCCCAGAAAAACUAUACGUUCCGAUCACUUUGUUGCAUCGACAAAUUCAAGUGAUGGAGAUGUGGACUCUGGUGAUGAUGAGUCAGACACCUCGCAGCCAAACUUAUCACCACGGCCCUUGCGACUACCUGAUCGUAAUGCUCUCACCACUCGACACGAAACCAAACUAUAAGCCAUGUUGAUUAAAAAUUAAGUGAAAUUGAUAGUUUUUUUUUAUCAGGUAUCUUUAUAAUACAUGAAAUAUUUUGUAAAUACUGUUUUGUACGAUGUUUUAUUAUUAUUAUUAUAUUUAAUUUAUAACUUGCAUUUUAAACGCAGAUCGUUUAUUGAUUAAAAUGUAUAAUAUAUAAAUAUAUAUUUAUAAAUCAUAAACUAUUAAAAUACAAAACUUAAUUAAUCAAAUACAAAA